CUCGGUUUCCAGAGGACUCGCUCCGACGCCGAAAGCGAUUGCACCGUCCCCUCUUCCUGUGAGACGGUUGGUGCCUUAGCAACUAAACCUAGCAACUAGGGAAUCCUCGAGUGUUACGGAUCUCGGCUGAGGGGCCUUGGAAACCUUGAGCUCACAACGAGCCGUUUCCAGCCUCCUGGGCAAGGGAACAGUAUCCUCCCUUGCCUGGGAUUCUGGAACCAUUUCAUUCUGGUGAAAGUAAGAGGCAGCUUGGGACCAGCAGCCUUUCGCGGAGAAAAGUCUGACAUGCCCAUCCUAUGUGACAGUCGGCAAAACGACUCUGUGGAUAUCCCAAAUUAGUAAAGUAUCAAUCAAUGGAGGCAUCUGAAGUCUUAUUCAGUUGUUCAACGAAUUAUAAACUAACCUUUACUGCCCGUGGAACCGAAUUAAGGAAAAAGUCCAGGAAGAGGAAUUGCAGACUGGAUUUUUUUUUUUCCAUUUUGGCAGUUACUCAGUAACUGCUUUUUUUCGUUUGCUUGUUCCUGCGGCAUGCGGAAUCUUAGUUCCCUGACCAGGGAUCAACCCAUGCUCCCUGAAUUGGGAAUGCCAGGAAAGUUAUAUGGGGAAAAUCAGAUUUAGGCAGCGAUCAUUAUGCACAUCUACUUGGGAGUCCAGUAAAUCUAUCUUGAAUGAUGUGCUAGAGAUAUCCAUUAUUAUCUCCCUCUCCACAUCUUCUGUUGUCAUCCACAACCUCUGCUGAAGGAGUGGACCCAGAUUGCUGAAGCUAAAAGGGAUGUUUAAUUCUAAGUUUGGAUCCGUUCCCAAGUUUUAUGUUCGAGCACCAGGAAGAGUCAAUAUCAUAGGAGAGCAUAUAGAUUACUGUGGAUAUUCUGUUCUUCCUAUGGCUGUAGAACAAGAUAUGUUAAUAGCUGUGGAACCUGUGAAAACACACGUUCUCCAGCUGGCCAAUACCAAUCCCUUGUACCCGGACUUCAGUACUAGUGCUAAUAACAUCCAGAUUGACAAAACCAAGCCUCUGUGGCACAACUAUUUCUUAUGUGGAUUUAAAGGAAUUCAGGAACACUUUGGUCUUAGUGACUUGACUGGAAUGAAUUGCUUGGUCGAUGGAAACAUCCCACCGAGUUCUGGCCUCUCCAGCUCCAGUGCUUUGGUCUGUUGUGCUGGCUUGGUGACACUCACAGUGCUGGGCAUGAACCUAUCCAAGGUGGAACUUGCAGAAAUCUGCGCCAAGAGUGAGCAUUACAUUGGCACUGAAGGAGGAGGGAUGGACCAGUCCAUAUCAUUUCUUGCAGAAGAAGGAACUGCCAAGUUAAUAGAAUUUAGUCCUCUGAGGGCAACUGAUGUGAAACUCCCAAGUGGAGCAGUGUUUGUGAUUGCCAACAGUUGUGUGGAAAUGAAUAAAGCAGCAACUUCUCAUUUCAAUAUCAGGGUGAUGGAGUGUCGGCUGGCUGCAAAGCUGCUGGCUAAGCACAAAUGCUUGCCAUGGGAGGAAGUGUUGCGGCUGGAGGAGGUGCAGGCCAAGCUGGGGGUCAGUCUGCAAGAAAUGUUGUUGAUCACAGAAGAUACCCUUCACUCUGAACCCUAUAGCCCCAAGGAGAUCUGCAGGUGUCUGGGAAUUAGCCUGCAGGAACUCAAGACCCAAAUCCUGAGUCCAAACACUCAAGACGUGCUCACCUUCAAACUCUACCAGCGGGCAAAGCACGUGUAUAGCGAGGCCGCGAGAGUGCUCCAGUUUAAGAAGAUAUGUGAAGAAGCACCUGACAACACGGUCCAGCUGCUGGGGGAGUUAAUGAACCAGAGCCACGUGAGCUGCCGGGACAUGUACGAGUGUAGCUGCCCUGAGCUGGACCAGCUGGUGGACAUCUGUCGGAAAUUUGGGGCUCAAGGAUCACGACUUACGGGAGCAGGAUGGGGAGGCUGCACAGUAUCGAUAGUACCUGCUGACAAGCUGUCCAGCUUCCUAGCAAAUGUGCACGAAGCUUAUUACCAGAGGAGCAAUCGAAGCUUAGUGCCUGAGAAGCAGAGUUUGUUUGCUACCAAACCUGGAGGUGGAGCUUUGGUUUUCCUUGAGGCCUGAACUAUUUAGAGCAUUUAGGAACUGGCAGGACUUCUAUGCCACAGCAAAUUAAUCCUCUUUCUGUUUUGUAUUAUGAUGAAUGGUUGCUAUUAUCAAGAUGUAUUUCGAAAGAAAUGGUUGAAAGCUCCCUAUGCUUCAUAAUGAUUAUUUUUCCAUCUUAAAAUAUGUUUUCUACCAAUAAGAGCCAAAAUUAUGCUUGGCCAGAUCUCUUAAGAUAAUUUACUGGAUGUAUUGAUUUCAAGAUUUUUAAAAACAAAUGGUAAAAGACCAUCAAUACUGACCUCAUGGAUUGUACUUGAAUUAAACAUACAUUCUUAAAUA